AUGGCUGGUUUUCCAAGAACAUGUUACAAGUGUGGUUUAGCAGGUCACAAGGCUGAAGAUUGUGAUCAAGCUGAAAGAUUAUGUUAUAACUGUAAGCAACCAAACCACGAAACCAAGGACUGUCCUUUGCCAAAGCAAAACACUGAGAAACAAUGUUACAACUGUAAGGAAAUUGGUCAUGUCCAAUCCGAAUGUCCAUUACCAGUUAGAAACAACCAAAAGUGUUUCACUUGUGGUAAGUUUGGUCACGUUGCUAGGGACUGUCGUGCAUCUACCAAGGUCUCUUGUUACAGAUGUGGUGGUGCAAACCAUUUCGCAAAGGAUUGCCAAGCUUCCGGUCCAAAAUGUUACACCUGUGGUUUAACUGGUCACAUUUCAAAGGACUGUACUGCUGCACCUUCUGCAUCAUCUGCAAAGACUUGUUACAACUGUAACCAAGAAGGUCACAUCUCCAGAGAAUGUCCAUCUGCUUAA